AUGGCGGCAAGCGAUCUUGUAAGGUACGUAUCCUAUGUUUUCUUCUCAUUUAGCUUUAAAAAGACAUAAAUAUGAUUAACUGGUUGACGAAAGGUUCCCCUCUUUUUUCAUUUUUGGCAGAGAAGGGAAUGAAGCUUUCGUUGAUGACGAUUUUGAAGUUGCUAUAAAGGUAAACGGGUUUAAAAUAAUACGCUUUCCGUCACCAUGUUAUUUAAUAACAUAAGGUGCUGUGCGAUGUUGACGAAUGAGAGUGAAUGGUGCGUACUAUACAUAUCAUGCAGAUAUAGUGAAAUAAAAAAUAAUAACUUUGAAAAAUAACAAUAUAAAUUGUAAUGAGGUCGCUAAAGCUUAUGUUGUGUUGCAGAAAUACACAGAAGCUUUAGAACUAAACGCGUAUGAUGCAGAGACCUACCUAAAACGAGCAGCAGCUUACAUGAAGCUUUCAAAUAACCAAGGUAUUUGAAGAAAUGCUAAAGUGUACACAACAUGCAUUACUUAUGUAGAAGUCUUCUUUGUUUAUGAAUUCCAGUGAGACGCAUGGUAAUUGAUAAGACAAACCAGCAUGCAAAGAAAGUCAUGGCAUAAAUACCACUUGUGAUAUUUCAGAAUUGUCUCAAAUUUCAUUUGCCUAAAGGCCUGUCAAAUUACGCAUUUAACAAUUUAGAAAUAUCACUUGUGGUAUUUAUGCCAUAUAUCUCUACAAAUCAUGCUAUUACCUAUACUAAUUGCUGGAUUGUGCAAAUUACAACAAAUGUAUGAACCUUCUUAGCCUGGCCUCUGGCCUGUCACAUUGGCUUUGCUAGGAUUUUAGCUGAAUAUCGUCACAACAUUUUUUUGUCAAUUAUAUUUGUAGCUGCUGCUGCAGAUGCUUCUUCAGCUGUUAGUCUGCAACCACAAAAUUGCAAGGCACACUUGAGAAAAGGGUAUGGAGUUGAGUACAUUCUGUACAUUUUUAUUUAUUUAUUUAUUUAUUUAUUAAAUAAUAAUUUAAAAGUACCUUCUUCACUUAUAUUUUGCUGUAGUCAUUUCCUAUUAUUGCUGACAACCUUAGGACCAUGAGUUUGAAGAUCCUUUGUAAAGAAAUUUGAUAAUGAUGAUUGAAAAAAUGAUUGGUCUUGGGAAAAUUGUAGUAGCUGAGGUCAGCACAUUGUAUUCAUGUGGUACUGAUUCAGUAGCAGAAAACAUUUGGACAGACUGGACAACUUAUUCAUUACAGCAAGAUUGAAAAAAAGGUCUUAUCUUGACAUUCACUGGCGACUGCUACUGACAUUGAUAGUAAUCAGUUUCACUCUGCUCUUUUGUCUUUGAUUGCAGAAUUGCUCUUUUCCAUCUUGAUGAUUUUGUUGCUGCCAAGCAGGUUUUUUUAGAUGCUUUACAACUUGACAGUGAGUAGGGGAAUAAAGAUGACUGGUAAAAUAGGCAAAACAUAUGAUGGGAAGCUAACUAGAAAACCUAACAGUUUAUUUAGCUUCCCAGCUCGCACUUUUAUAAUUUUACCAUGAGCUAAAUAAAGAAUUACUAUAUUUAACUCCCGUAGUAGCCCGUGAGUGGAUAUGUGUGGGGAGGACACUAUACAGAGUUUUCUCUUGCAUACUUUCGUUGUAUUGAACUCUAAAAAAAGCUAAAAGUUGACAGACUCUUUAGUUGUGUUUUGGUCUUUCAUCUCUUGUAUAUUAAGGGUUGUAUCCCAUGAUUUUGGCUGAAGAUAGGUCACGUGACUGGCCUGAGCUGCAAAGGACCAAUAAUAAUAUAUUUAUUGGUGAUUUUUUUUUAUCAUUAUAAGUAUCUUUAUAAAUUUUUGUCUGUGUAUGUGAAACAGGUCAGACCAAGAGAUUACAACCACUCAUGCAAAACAAUGUGCAUAAACACCUCUCAACUUUCCAACAAAAUUUUAUCUAUUAUACUUGCUGUUUGUGAGCCAUUCAGAUUUAAUAUCGUCCAUUUGAAUGGGCUGGGUAAAAACAGUGUAAUAAUACAUUGUUUCUUUUCUAUUAUUCCCAUCUUUUUUUGCAGAAGAAAACAAGGAACUAAAAAUGUGGAUUAGAAAGUGUGAUGCUGAGUUAGACUGUAAGUGUUUUGAUAGAACAUGCAGUCUUAAGGUAAAAUUAAUCUUUUCACUGUUUUUUUUUUACUAGGAUAUAUGUGUUACAGGUCAAAAUUAAAUUCAGGUUUAAAGCUUUUAACCUAGGUUGAUUAUCUAUUUCCUUUGUCUCCUAGCCCUAAUUAUUCAUAAAUUGGGCUCUUCAAUAUUUAUUGCUAAUAAUUAUUUAUUGCUACAUUGUACAAGCACUCAGCAAAAUAACUUGUUUUAUUUUUCAAUUCACAUGCAUUUGUUAAUUUCCUGUUAUUAUGGCAUACCUCAUUGUAAGUGUCUCUGUCAUUUUAGCAUAGUACAUUAACAUAAUAUUAUAGUUAGCUAGUACCUAACCAUCAAAUUUGUUGUUGUUGUUGAGAAUUUCUCUUUUACAGAUUUUACGACAGGAUGAAUGUAACAGUCUUUAUCAGUUCUUCUUUCAAGUCAUUCUCUUCACUUCUUGUCAUCGGGUUAAAAAAUCUAUGUUGUACCUACAUCAUAUUCUUCUUUGUUGAUGUUGUUUUUAUUAGUUGAAUUUUGUUUUUUAUCCAGUGGCAGAAAAGGAAACAAAACUUGGUCCAGCUUCUGCUCAAGAGGUAUUUUCUUAGUAGUUACAUGUACUUAUGCCUCAUAGUAUUGUUUCAUAAAAGUCAAGUGGAGUUACGAGCAUUUUAUCUCUGAGACUCUUCGAUUCCUCUAUAUACAAUUUGUAAGAGAGCAAAACAUAAUUAUCUGUUGUAGCUAUCCUAUUAUUCUAACAUUACAUAUUAACUGACUGGUAAUGUUAUCAAAUAAUAAAGGCAUGUGUUUAUACAAAGAAAAAUCAAGUCAUGGGUAGGAUAUUUCAUGGUAUACCUCUUGUGUCUGUCAGUUUUUGCUUGCUGGCAACUAUGGUUGGUGGCUAGAAAUGUCUGCAUUUUAGUGGCUUUAUUAAAAUAAUGACUAAUGGUCUUUUUACUCAACAUUAUCCCACUGGCUUUGAAUUAACCAACUUUGACCAUAAGAAUUGAUGUUGACACAAAACAUCAAUAAUUAUACAUGUACUAGGGUUUGUAUAGGUUAUGGAAAACCUGGAUCGUCAUGAAAUUGAAGAAUUCAUUUUCCUGGCCUGGAAAGUCAUGGAAAAUUUCAGUUCUGCUAGAUAGAUUAAAUACUGCAGAUGUCAAAGUAUGGACAAUGUAAGAUAAAGGCGAGUAACUAAAUGACAUGGAUUGUAGUGGACACUAGAGUUUGUGUCUGUUGAACUGAGUAAGGUCCACGGAUACCUUAAAACAAGGAAAGUUUUGAAAAUAUUCGAAAGUGACUGCUGAACCUAAGGUCAUGGAAACCUUGAAAAGUUCAUGGAAAAAGUCAUGAAAGUCAUGGAAUUUAAUGAGCUCAAAAGAGUACGAACCCUGUAAUAAUGCAAGUGCAUUGUGGAGGUACUAAUUUUUUGUUCAUUGUAGGUUGUUUUUGGUGUUGCCACUGAAGAUGUACCAGCAACUCAGAAAAUGGCAAAUCAGACAGCCAACACACAAAGUGCAGUUAAUGGUGAACAGCCUGUCUCUGCAGGUGCUGACUCAACUACGUCGUCUGUGGCUGACACAUCUGCAGCAGUGUCUACUGUCGCCUCUGAGUCUCAAUCGCGUCAGGAGCAACCUCAGGCAAAAGUGGGGCCUCCAAAACCAAGGUACAGUAAUGUUUAAAAAAAGAAAAACUGAUGGCUUUAAUUAGUUAAUUAUUGCAGUAAAUUUUGUAAUCUGCACUUGUUUAUUGCUGUUAAUCAGCACUGUCACAAAUUGUACAAUAAAGCACUAAAAGCAACUGGGCACCAAAUUUAGUGAGAUAGAAAACUGGAAGAGUGUGACAAUUAAUUUUACUAUAAAACUGAGAUGACCGCUACUUAAGAGAAAGAACAUUUACACAUAAAUGACAUGUAUAGCCAAAUACAUUUUAACAAGGCACUAGUGGACUAACUUGGACAAGAGUAAAACAGAUAGAAAUAGACUGUUUAGUUUUUGAAAACUGCUUAGUCAGAGCUGUUUUUCAGGUUGGAUGCUUUGAUAUAUAGCUCUGCAGAGUUGAAAGUUGUGAAAAUUCAAAGUCAUUUGUAUAGUGUGGGGCAAGUUUGUGCUCUCAUCAUUCAAUUGUCUGUAACAUUUGAGAGUUAGAGGAGAUUAUAUAAUACAGCAUGUAUCUUGAUAAUUUUUUAACAAAUCACUUUCAAAUGUGGCAAUUUAACUAUUAAUUAAAAAUUCUUUCCCUUAGUGGUGACAGAUAUUUCCUAACUGGUCCUUGUCAAAAGCUGAAAGAAACCCUAGAAAGGUCCAUUGCAUGUGUAGUUAUCCAUUAACACCUUUUUAAUGUGUUUUACUAGAUAUGACUGGUACCAAACAGAAACCCAUGUUGUUAUAACCAUUAUGAUAAAAAACACAAAGCAAGAGAAUGUCAAAGUGGAGUUUGGUGAAAAAACAGUAAGUUGAACCAGUAUGAUUAUAAAGUAAGGUAAUGAGAAGCCACCCCAAUGGAUUGGCACAAUUAACAGAUUAGAGCCAGAGAUUUCUAAUAUCCACAAUCACUGCUUAAAAAUUAAUGGUUCUGUAACCUGUCCUUUUCAUCUUUUGAGCCAGCAUCUCUGCGGUCAAAGUGUCAAGAAUGAGGAAGUCUCAAGAGAUGUUUCAGAGCCACCAUGAAUUUUCCGAAGGAAAAAAAAAACAAUGUUUAAUAAUUGGCUCUGAACCCACUUUCAAAGUGGCAAAAAAUGCUGUUGUCUUUUCCCAUAAUAAUCAAAUUAAUGAUAAUUGACAAAAAAUAAUGAUAAUGAUCUAAUGUAAAGAAAUGGUCAUGCAGCCUUUUUAUGAAUUAUUAUUAUUAUAAUUUAUUAUUAUAAUUAUUAUGAGGACAGAGGUCAGGGUGUUUAGGGUGUUUUAACAUGUGCAAAUGUUGCCACAGUUACAUUAGAAAAAUGACCAAACUUGUUUCCCCUUGGCUUUUAAUCUCAUUGAUCCAAAAUAUUUUAUAAGAUGCUAGCUAGUACAAUAUCAUGAAAAAUUAAUCAUAUCAAGAAGGCCCAAAACAUAUUUAUUGCAUCAUCUUUACGACUGUAAAAAUUAUCUGUUUCGAUUGCAUUAUUUGUGGCAUAGAUAUAAUUUUUUCUUUCUUUAUUAUUGUUAUAAUCCUGAGAUUAUGGAGUUGUGCUACAGAAGAAUUUGUCUAUUACUAUCUAUGAUUACUUUGAUUAAAAUUGCAUUUUAGUUGAGUGCAACAGUCAAGCUUCCAUCUGGUAGUGAUUUCAGUUUGGAAUUGGAUCUUGCUCAUGCUAUAGUUCCUGCACAGUGUAAAACAAAAAUCAUGACAACAAAGGUAAAAAUGAAAUAAUGUCAUUAUGGAAAGAGUCAUGAUUAUCAAAUUUAAUGUUGGCACUUGUUGAUCAAAGCCUGAUGGUGAGAUUCCAAAAAACUAUCUGAAGAUCAGAACUGUACUUGCACUCACUCUUAGUGACAUAAUUUUUUGGCAGUUUACACUAAAGGAGUUGUAGCCACAACUCAACUUGUACUACUGUAGUACUGCUGAGGCUAUAAAUCUGCUGUAUUAUUGUUUACUUGAAAGUACCACUCCCUGAUUGAUUCAUCAGUGCCCUCUCAGAAGCAAAAAUUAUUAAACAAGCUAACAUUUGUUAUUUUGCUGUUCCAGUUGUUUAUAAACAAAACAAUGGAAUUUAUUUAUAUAUUAUUAUAAGAUAAGUGCCUAAUUCCACUUUGUAGAAGUGCUGCAUUGAGAAGGAGAAAAAAAUUGUUUCAUUUUUGUUUUCUAUACAAUGUAGAUACCACUAAACUUAUUUUUGUUGAGAUCAGGGUUACUGAACAUGUCCUUUUGCAGGUUGAACUAAAGAUGAAAAAAGCUGAGGGAAUAAGAUGGUCAUCUCUUGAAGGAGAAGAUGAAGUGAAAGCUAAGCCAAUUCCUAAACAAGGUUAGUCUUGCAGAUACAAAGCCUUCAAACUUGUACUCAUUGUCACAGGUAAAGUGGCACAAACAGACAGGUAUUAAAAUGGUCAGCUAUAUUGUAAAUUUGUGAAACGCACAAAAGUGUGAACACAAGAAAUAUUUUAUGAAAAUGCUAUUUUACUGCGAGGAAAUAGCCAGUAAGGCACAAGAAAACUAAACUGCAAAUAGCAGCAGUGUGGUUUUGAGGUUUGCUUGCGAGUCCUGAACUUUAUUGUGAGUGGUUGCUACACAAUCAACAUUCCCGAAAAUUUUCAGUUCCCAUCUAGCCUGGUCAAGAAGCCAAUCAGAAUGCAAGACUUGCUACAUAAUUAUACAUGUGCAACUUCCAGUCCACUCACAAAGCCAUCAACAUAAUAGCCAAGCAUUGCCCCAUCUGUGACUUUCACAUUACCCAUGUUGCAAUUUGUUUUCCCCACUAAAUUCUGUAAAAGUUUUGUUUUGUUAGUCCUCAGAGAAAUAAGAAACAAAGCUUAUGCAGAAUUUUUUGGGGAAAACAAAUUGCAUCAUAAGGAAAGUAAAAGUCACAAAUAGCUAUUUUUUUGAAAAGAAAAAUUGGGUUAUCUGUCAGUCCAGUGAUUUUGUUACCUCUGCAUCCUGUGUCCUUGAUGCAUAAAAAUCCCCAAAGACACAAGAUUAUUCAUAGCAAGUGUCCUCUAGGAUGCAAAGAAUGAUCAAUCAAUUUGAAGAUUUUUUGGUAGAGUUCAUGCGAUUUCUGUGGCUGCUGUUUAAAGGUGCAUAAUUAUUUAUUUUAGUCUUUUUUGUGCUUUAAAUAAUUACAUAGGACCAUAUUUUAAUUUCAGUAAACUGUAAUUAAGAGUUUUGGUGUCUGUCUCCAAACAGUCUGUCUGGUUAUGUAAAGACCCAAGCGUGACACCUUGUUUUUUUGAACUGGGACUCAUUGGUUUUGGACUGGGACUCAUGAUUUUUCACAAGAUGAGUCCCAGGUCUCCUCAUAACUAUUUGUAACAAAAUCAAUGUCUAUCGGAGAUAUUUUGAUAGGAACAUGACUGUACGUACAUCAGUCCAUCCACACCAUUGGGAAAUUAAAAGUCACACUUUCUAGCUAGUGUGGGAUACUGGAAUAUGAUAUUGCCCAUCCAUGUUGUGGUCAUUUGACAUCUGUCAAAACAGGGUAUCUACAAGCCAGUAUCAUGUGACCAUAUCAAAUAAUUAAUAAUAAUAAUAAUAAUAAUAAUAAUGAUAGCAAACUACAUGAUAAGAGACAAAAAUCAUGAACAUCUUUUUCUUUUCACUUUAGAGAAAUCUCAAAGUGACAUUUCCACAGUGCAUAAAUACCCAUCAUCAAGACAUGUUGGCAAAGACUGGGAUAAACUUGCAGCACAGAUAGCAAAGGAUGAAAAAGAGGAAAAACUUGAAGGAGAAGCAGCUUUGAAUCAAUUAUUUCAACAAAUUUAUGGUGAUGGAAGUGAAGAAGUUCGUAGAGCCAUGAACAAGUCAUUUGUGGAAUCUGGUGGAACAGUGCUGAGCACUAACUGGGAUGAAGUUAAACGUGGGCAUGUUGACUGUAAACCACCUGAUGGCAUGGAAUGGAAAAAGUGGGACCACUAAAGGAAGUCAGGACUGUGAAGUGUGAAUGGCUUGUGACCAUGCUUUUCCUAGUUACAGUAGACGCAUGCAUUAACUGCAUUCCAAGACUUCAUCAAAAGAAAGUUAAACAGCAGUGGUGUAGAAUGGUACUACAAUCAUGGCUUUUAACUUUCAAGUAAGCACAACAGGGCCAUUUAUACGAGGAAAAAUAAGACGCGUCUUAAAUAAGACGCGAACUGUACUAUUUAUAUGAGCAUGUCUUAUCUAAUAAGACGCGUGUUAGCUAAGCCGCGUCUUAUUUUAGAUGAAAUGCGCCGUUUAUACGGAAAGUUCGCGUCUUAUUUAAGACGCGUCUUAUGUAAGACGCGUCUUAUCUUUCCUCGUAUAAAUGGCCCUAAUGUUAAAAAAACAAAAACUUCCUAAAUUUCAUUUCAUAAAAUUAAAGUGCUUAGGAACCAUCAUGAUAUUAUUUACAGUACCUAAACCUCUGAGAGAAGCCAUGAAAAGUCAGUUCUGAAGGAUGGUUUUUACCCCCACUCUACACCACUGGUAAUGAAUACUUGGAAAGCUCUUAUGACGUUUUACUUAAUUUAACUUUAGCAGUGCAAUGAUGAGCAGAUUGAAGCUGAUGUUUCCUGACUAAUUUGCAGGUUUUGUUGCUUCCCACCUUACUUUACUUGCUAUUUUACUGCAAAAAAAAUGCUUAUGCAAAAAUGUCAGGUGGCUUUAGUUCUGCUGUAAAAGAAGUUUGACUUUUUAAUAGCAGAAUAACUAUGUGUAGAGCCC